AUGAUAAAUCACCAGACGCUCGUUGCAAAAGCCAUAGCUGGUGAAGCAGGUGUUCCGUUUUAUCAAAUGGCUGGUUCGGAAUUCGUUGAAGUGUUAGUUGGUGUCGGUUCUGCUCGUGUCAGAGAUUUGUUCAAGAGAGCAAAGGUAAACAAACCAUCUGUCAUUUUUAUCGACGAAAUUGAUGCACUUGCGACAAGACGGCAAGGAAUAUUCAAAGAAUCUACGGAUCUCCUUUACAAUGCGGCAACUCAAGAAAGAGAGACUACAUUGAACCAGCUCUUAAUCGAACUAGACGGAUUCGAUACAGGCAAAGGUGUUAUAUUCUUGCUCGAUCCUGCCCUUCUCCGCCCUGGUCGGUUCGAUCGAAAGGUACGUUUAUUAAUUAAAAUAUUUAAUUAUCAGAAAUUCAGAAAUUCGUUUGAAAUGUUUAUUAAUUGCUAAUUAUCUAGAUAAGAAUCCAACCUCCAAAUGCAAAAGGUAGAUUGGACAUUUUGAAAGUUCACGCACGGA